AUGGCGAAAAAGGUGUUGGAUUCAUCCCUAUUACAGCUUGUAUAUACGUACACGUUUACAUACAUAUUCAUUCAUAUGGAUAUAAAGAGAUUCAAAAACCUUAACCCCGUCCCUAUCACCAACGCGCCCGAAAACCAGAAGUCUUCGAAAAUAAAGGUGGAAGAAGAGGGCGCCCCAGUGAAACUCGGGAGAGUGCCAACACAGACAACAUUUGAUCAGACAUUGCUCAACAAGAAAUGGUUAACUCUUCAUCACUUUGAUACCAUUCUGUUAGAAAUUUAUCAUUUGAUUGAUCCUACAAUUGCAUUGAAGUUCUUUUACUUCGCUAGCGCUUCUGCUCUUCAAAUUCACAGUCAGAUCUUAUUGCCUUUUGAUUCACUUGAUCCGAUAACGUUUGACAUUUUGGUUCAUGUUUAUGCUAGUCAAUUCAAGAGUUUGGGAUUUGAUGUUGCAGUGGACGUGUUUCGUCUUUUAACGAGCAGAGUGUUGUUUCCAUCUUUUAAGACUUCUCAUUUUUUGCUUUGCUCGCUCGUCAAGGCAGAUGAGCUCGAAAAAUGCUACAAGUACGUCGAUAAAUGUGUUAUGAAAAGGAGGGUCAAUGAUGUAGUUAUGUUGUUUAAGAAAAUGGAGGAUGUGUGUAUAGCUCCAAAUUUUGUUACUGAUAAUAACCUUUUGCAUGGGUUGCUCAAAAAAGGAAAGUUGGAAGAGGCUUUUCAACUUAAGGAGGAAAUGGUGAAUAAUGGUUUGAACCCAAGCCAUGUAACAUAUGGUGUGCUUAUCAAUGGUUUGACGAAAAUAAAGAAAUAUGAUGAAGCUAAUUUUAUUCUAAAGAAAUGUUGGUCAAGGGGAUUGGAAAUGUUACAGCAGCGUUGA